CAGGUGUUGGCUUGGACUCCACCACACUGGAAUGAUGCAGUCUGUGAAUCCAGGAUGGUGGCAUGUGUCUCUGUAUCCAGUAGUCCUGCAUGUGGGAUAGUAAAGUCCUGCACUGAUUCUAAAACUAGAAGAAACUGAAGUGGAAAAGAAGUGACUGAAAAAGAACGAUUUGAAGGAACAGAUUCAUUUCUUAACAAGAUCAAGUUUGAAUUAAAUGGCUGAUAAACAGAUCAGUUUACCUGCCAAGCUGAUCAAUGGAGGGAUAGCUGGGCUGAUCGGAGUCACCUGUGUAUUUCCCAUUGACCUGGCAAAAACUCGCCUGCAGAACCAGCAGAAUGGGCAGCGGAUGUACACCAGCCUGUCUGACUGCCUCAUUAAAACAAUUCGGUCAGAAGGCUACUUUGGCAUGUACAGAGGGGCUGCAGUGAACCUGACUCUAGUGACACCAGAAAAGGCUAUCAAACUGGCAGCCAAUGACUUCUUCCGGCAUCACCUCUCCAAAGACGGGAAGAAGCUGACGCUGCUGAGGGAGAUGCUGGCAGGCUGUGGCGCGGGUACCUGCCAGGUGAUUGUCACCACUCCCAUGGAGAUGCUCAAAAUCCAGCUGCAGGAUGCAGGACGCAUUGCGGCACAGAAGAAGCUGAUGGCGGCGCAGGCCCAGCUCUCCUCCUCCCCCGCGGCGGCGGCGGCCGAGCCGGCAGUGGAAACGCGCACCACAGCCACCCAGAUAACCAGGGAGCUGCUGCGGAGCAAAGGCAUCGCCGGACUCUACAAGGGCCUGGGAGCCACGCUGCUAAGGGAUGUCCCAUUCUCCAUUGUUUACUUCCCACUGUUUGCAAACCUGAACAAGCUGGGCCAGAAAGACCCCAAUGUCAAGGCUCCGUUCUACGUGUCCUUCCUCUCUGGAUGUGUGGCUGGUAGUACGGCUGCAGUGGCUGUCAAUCCUUGUGAUGUGAUCAAAACGCGGCUGCAGUCCUUGCAGAGAGGAGUGAAUGAGGACACCUACUCGGGGAUCCUGGACUGCACCAAGAAGAUCUGGCAGAGGGAAGGGCCCACGGCCUUCUUCAAAGGGGCCUACUGCCGAGCCCUGGUCAUUGCUCCUCUCUUUGGCAUUGCACAAGUUGUCUACUUCAUCGGCAUUGCGGAAUUCCUGCUGGACAUGCUCCCCAAGCACCGGGCCUAGCCCUGGAGUGGCUGCGUGUGCCCUCCCGCCCUCUGCAGCGCUGGAUUCAUCCCUGUGUUCACCAUCCGUGUCGAUCGAUGUCAGCAACAGCACAAAGGGUUCGCGCAGGGAUGCGAAGGGACCUGGUGUCCAGAUGGGCAACAUGGGGAGGGAGAGAGUCCCUUCUCUGCUCCCUCUGGAGCCUGCCCCCUCCCGCUCCUUCCACGGACAAUACUUAAUUAUGCACCUCUCUCUCUCUCUCUCUCUCUCUCUCUAUCUCUCUUCUUAAUUUCCAAUUUUUUGGUUUUAAAUAUGCAUUCUUAAGGACACUGGUGAGCACAGACUGGGUUUGCAGACGCAGAAGUCUCCUCUCAGUCUUGGGGAGAAGGAGAGAUGGGAAAGAAAUAGCUUCAACCCUCAUCCACCUCAGUUUCCCUUUCUUCCUGAAGCUGCCAGCUGUCUGAGGAGGAGCUGGAGGGGCAGCUGUGUCCCCUCAGCACCUUCUUGGCUCUGCUGACCUCGGGUCAAGAGUGAAUGCUGCACAAAGGGGUCUUAUCUCAUUGCUGCUGGAGGCAGGGGUGGGGGGGAUGCUGGAUCUGGCAAGUUCCUUGGCCUGAAAACCUUCAGUCCUCCCUUCUCCCUUUUUAAAAACGAGUUGGACUUAAAUGAAUUCUGAUUGUUCCUAUUGAUUUUGUAAUUAUUUUUGUUUUAAAGCAAAGGGAUGUCCCUCCUAACUAGGUGUCACAGGCACAUCCGGGUGAGGUGCAGAAAUAAGAUGUCUGCUCUGUAGGGAACAUGUCUGUGGGAUCACAUGAAUGUCCAAAGGUGCUUCCCUGCUUGGCUACAGGCAGGGAAGGGAGAGGAACUUGGGAUCAAGUUACUUUUGUUUUGGGGUGUUUUUUGGGGAUUAUUUUGUUGUUUUAUUUGUUUGGGUUUUUUUGGGGGGUCUUUUUGGUUUUGCUUUUUGUUUUUGUUUUGUUUGUUUCGUUUUGUGGGGGUUUUAUUUAGUUUUAUUUUGGUUCUGGUUUUUGUUUGGGUGUUGUUUGUUUUUUUUUUUAAUGCAGGGUUGUGGGGAGGGAAAACCAAACAACAAGAAACCACUUACAUUCCUUCAACCUGCCCAUCCCCAGUGUGAUAAAGCUGUGGCUGCAGGUCUAGAUCAGCUGAUCAACCUUGGGGAGCCGUAGCAGAAAUGCUGUGCCUGUGGGCUCACCCUGCCAGGUGAGAGCACAAGGUCUGGUUGUGUUCUGAUGUUUGCUUUGGGUGUGACUGGAGCCAGCGGGUGUGGAAGAGGCAGAGGGUUCCCAUUCCCUGAGCAAGGAGGUGUUUGUGUGUCCAUCACUUGUGGGGGCGAGUCCUCUGCAUCACACCACCAUCCUGUUUGCUCCUGGGGUGGGGAUUGGUGGUGGGUGGCAGGGGGCAAAUCUACACCUACAACCUGCUCUAUGAAAGGGACACUGCCCCAGCUAAUAUCCCUUGUCAGAGGAAUUCCUCGUUCAGUACUCUCUUGGGCUGUGUAAUUAAUUCUAGUUUAAAUGGUCUUAAGUGUGAGAUCUACCAACCCAGUGUGAUCUUCUCCGUUAUUUAUUCCAUUUGGUGCGAUCCACCCAACUUCGGUGUUGAAAUUAAACUGGUUGAAUUCACUUUUCAUUCCUUUUUAUUGCUUUGUUCUCCAGGCACCUGCUUGGUGUUUGUGUUUUGAAUGUGUAUUUAAAUUAAUUUUUAAAAAUCCUUGUUUUUAAUGUUUAAAAGAAAACCACCUGUUUGACCAUUCUUGGGGUUAGGUUUUCAUGAAACCUGUAUGUUGAGGGCCUUCUUCCUUGAUGCAUCCUUUUUCUCUUUGAAAAAGUUGUUCUGUGGCUGAUUUGUUACUUGUCACUUUGCAUAUGUGAAUAAUUUUUUUUCUUUUAAUGACUUCUCCGUGUAACUGGGAAGGAAUCUGUGCAAAGGCGAUGAUAGAUGUCUGUGCUGUGUGUAGUGCUGUGAUGCUGCUCUUGCUCUGGAUUUCCCUUGGGUGGAUUAAAAGAGAAAGAUUUAUUUUUUUUCCUUUAA